AUUCUAUUUUAUUAAAUUUUUCUACUUCUAUUUUUCAUUGUAAACUGUGUAAAAGAUGGAAAAAAAUAUGAUAAGUUAAUGUUUUAAUCCAUAUAUUUUUCAACGUUAGUUUUCAAGGUCUGAUAAGAAGCUAUAUUUAAGAUAUAUUUUUAAUGUUGUAGAAAUAAUUAAAUGUGAAAUUGUUUGUAUAUUUGUAAAAAAGUAGGCUGUAAAUUUUAAAGGAAAAUGUGCUGUUCUGUGAAAGAUAUUUAAAAAAAAGAACGUUUUGGAAUUUGGAGGAUUUGAGAUUCGCUGGUUGUCGGUCCAACAGGAGGCUCGACUUUGGAGAACACCUUGGUGGGGCCUGUUGACGCGCUGGUUGGAAAGAAGGCAUGCACGAAAGCACGAAGUCGUAAAGGCGAGCGUUCAGUUGUUAAUGCGCCUCCGACAGAGUAACUUAGUGAAAAUUUAUCUUUCAUUAUUUUCACAUGUUUUUUCGAGCUUAUUAAUUUACGUAUCAAAACAUGAAAUAACGAUCGUAGAAAAGUUCCGAGUGAAUUUUCACUCGAUUUUCGCAUUUGAAAGACAACAACGAGUGAGAGAAGAAAACGAAUCGAGGAAUUGAAAGAAAAAACAAAAAAAACUUGCCGACACAAGAAAUUCACGUGAAUAUAAAAUACUUAGCAGUUGUCUUUCGGAUCGGAAAAAAGAAUCGACACUAAAUAUUAAAACAAAAGAUCAUCUUUUUUUCUCGAAAAAAUACAAAAAGAAUAAUAGUAUAUAAACAACGAUCAAAAGAACGACUGAGAAAGCAGGUGUAGAAGAAUGAUGAGAAAUAAAUGAAGGUGGAACACAGGUGCAAUCGCAGGUAGUUGUUUUAUUCGUAUCUAUUCGCUCACAGCGUGCUCAGUCGAGCUUGCAGAAGCAACGGAAGUGGGAAAAGGGAGAAGGGACAUCCAGGAUGUCCGAAGAGUUGCGCACGCAACAUUUAGGGACGCUGUCACACGGAGAGUAUACUAUGCAAACCGAAGAGGAAACUCAGUAUGCUCCAAGGAGCCGACCUGUCAGCUUUUAUGAUAAUUUUAAGGACGUACAAGUUAUGCCAACAUGUGUGACCUCUGCGAUGAGUGUUGGUAAUUUGAGUCAGGUUCGAGAAAACGAUACUACUUCAUCGAGCAUACCACAAAGUAGUAACAAUAAUAAUAAUAAUAAUAGGGUGAGCAGUGCGAUGAGUGCUGGUAACGUUUCCAAGAUUCAGAUUGUUAGAGUUACAGGUGCUCUUUCGAUGGGUAAUAUUGGUAAAACAUAUCGAACGGAUAAAACCGAUAAAGAACUUGGGCGAGCUCCUUCGAUGGCCAAUUGUUUGUCAACCACAGUUCCCGUUAAUCUAGCUGCUUCGCAAAUAGCAGGUCGACACACACCCACCAGAAAUUCCCUCAGGCACAGCAGAAUGAUCGUGCUGAAUCGAAGUGGGCAGAGAGCACAAAAAUUCUUACCACCAUUAGUUUAUCAUCGACAAUUGGCUAGGUGUUUGGCAGCAUUACAGACCAUUCUUGGGAUUGCAAUUACUUCAUUGUCGUUAUGGUUGUUAUUGUGGGCUCCAAAUUUACCUAUAGCUGAUAAUCCGUAUUGGAGUGGAAUGCCUUUAUUACUUUCUGGAAGUUUCGGCGUGUGUUUGCUUUGUUGCUUCAAGAAAGAGUAUCCAGGUAUGAAUCCAGGUUUCUGUUUAACAUUGACGAAGACAAUCAGUACUUUACUUGCAAUUUCGGCAUCUGUGGCGUGUGUCCUGGCAUGUAUCUCAGCAACCAUGCAUCUGGCACAUCUUAUGAGGCUAGAAUGUACACCAGCACGUGUCCUCAACGCCACGUGUGUUUGUAGGCCACGAGAACAAACAAAUGUUACGGCUAGCGAAGCAUCGGUCAAAUAUAUGGAUUUGAACUGUCCCGAAGUUGAGAGUAUUUUAACAAUACUUCUCAUCUUUUCUUCAACGUGUAAUGCUUUUGGUGCCAUCAUCGCUGGAUGGUAUAGUUAUCUUCAUUGGAGUACUCGACGAAAGAGACCAAAAUAUGUUCCUGUUAGAACGAGGACAUUCGAUUCGACCAGGUGAUAUCCGAUUAAAUUUCAAACAAUUUUUCACCAAAGUAUUCGACGAAAAAUUGUGACGUAGAGAAAGGGACCAAUCUACGUAUUUUUUAAUCGAGAAGAACUACGAGUAAUCAAAAUAUUCAAUGCAAACGAUUCAGAAAAGUACAAUGGCUAUUAACACAUUUCUUGAAUCAUUAUCGUUAUUGUCAUCGACGCACGACGCACAUGUGUACAUAAAGUACAGUAUUUAUUUAGAAAUUUCUAAUACGUUCCAUAGUACGUAUGGAAUAUCUUAAGUGCGCGUAUGUACGCGAAUACAAAUUUAUUUGUGCUCGUAUUUUCGAUCGAAAGGAAGUUUCAUCGAUUAGUUAAAUUUAUUUACGCGCACGUAUUUAUUACAUCGAAAGAACAGAACGAAAGACUUCUACUCUAUACCUCAGCGUAUUAGAUUUUAAUACAUACUUCGACACUUGCAAGCGCAUAAGCAAACAUAUUUUACGUAUAUUUUAUAGUUGAAGAAAAUUACGUGGGUUAUGGGACGAAAUAAGUUAUUGUCAGUAUUAAUAUUAUUUUAAUCAAAAUUGUGCCCAUGUUAAUUCAAUUUAAGAUUGAUGAUCAUAUUGAUAACUUUAUAAUAAUAGAUUACAUUCCUUCUUUGUGAUCA